AUGGAAUAUCUCCCCCAGCAAAACCGGAAGCUGGCCGGCGAGGAUAUCAGCGACCAAAUUUCCGCCGAAGGCAAACGGGUAGUGAUACUGGGCGGCGGGGACACCGGCGCCGACUGCCUGGGCACGGCUCAUCGCCAGGGCGCCGAAGUCGUGCGCCAGUUUGAACUGCUGCCGGAACCGCCCGAGGAACGGGCGGAUGAUAAUCCGUGGCCCCAGUGGCCGAUGAUACUGCGUACUUCAGCCGCCCACGAAGAAGGCGGAAUCCGCGACUACAACAUCCUCACCAAGUCGUUGAGCGGUAACGGCCAGCGCGUUGAGCAACUCCACGCCGUCCGCGUGGACUGGACCAAAGGUGAAGAUGGACGCUUUCAGAUGGCCGAAGUCCCGGGUAGCGAAUUCAUCGUGGAGGCCGACCUGGUGUUGCUAGCCAUGGGUUUCCUGCACCCGGAGCAUGACGGAAUGCUCCAGCAACUGGGCGUUGAGCUGGAUGGCCGCGGCAAUGUGCAGGUUGACGAUAACAAGAUGACCUCGGUGCCCGGCAUAUUCGCCGGCGGAGACAUGGUGCGCGGCCAGUCGUUGGUAGUGUGGGCCAUCGCCGAAGGCCGAGACGUGGCGAGGGGCGUCGACCGAUACCUGACCGGCGCCAGCCACCUGCCCCGUUCCUCCGCUACUACCUGA